GUAAAGAUUAGAUAAACCAUUUCUACGAACGGUGUAUUUUGUUCGGGCUGUCUUGGUGCCUUUCGCAUCAUUUCUAUUUUCUUUAUUGAACUUGCUCGGUUGUAUUAUGACAGUUCUAACAAUCGUUUAGUAUUAUGUAUUGUAAUUUUCAGAUGGCAUACCUAUUCGAUUUAAUUCGUGAUUGAUACAAAUUCUAUUUGGUGCGAUAUUAUAUAAAUUUUGAUGUCAUAUUAAUUCCUAGCACUAACAGAACGUGUAUUUACGAGGCCGCGAAAACGUUAGGAUUUGCUGCUGCUGCAGGUAUCAAUACAAUAACAAUGAGCGACUUGGCGAUUGGAAUCGACUUAGGUACUACGUACUCCUGCGUUGGUGUUUUCCAGCAUGGAAAAGUUGAAAUUAUUGCGAAUGAUCAAGGUAGCAGAACUACGCCGAGUUAUGUCGCUUUUUCGAAUAACGAAAUCUUGGUCGGAGAGCCAGCCAAAAAACAAGCCACCAGAAAUCUACGUAAUACGGUUUUCGAUGUCAAGAAACUGAUGGGUCGUAAAUUUGAUGACGAUAUGGUUCAGGACGACAUAAAGAACUGGCCCUUCCAGCUUAUUGAUGACAACAACAAUCCAAAAAUCGAAGUUGAAUUCAAAGGCAGUUCAAAAACGUACUGCCCCGAAGAAAUUUCGUCGAUGGUAUUGCGAAAAAUGAAAGAGACAGCUGAAGCAUAUCUAGGUAAAACGGUCAAGAAUGCCGUAAUUACAGUACCCGCUUAUUUCAACGAUUCUCAAAGAGCAGCUACGGUAGAUGCUGCUAAAGUUGCCGGAUUAAACGUAUUACGUAUCAUUAACGAACCUACUGCUGCCGCCAUUGCUUACGGUCUACAAGAAAGAAAUUCCGACGCGCAAAACGUAUUGAUUUUCGAUCUCGGUGGCGGAACUUUCGAUGUCUCCAUUUUGACAAUCCAGAACGGUGUUUUCGAAGUGAUUUCAACUGCCGGCGACCCUCACCUGGGUGGCGAAGAUUUUGAUAAUAAAAUGGUCAACUAUUUCGUUGAAAAAAUUAAAGGUAAAUACAAUAAAGAUAUCUCAGAAAACAAAAGAGCCCUGCACCGUCUGAGAGCUGCUUGCGAAGGAGCGAAAAGAACUUUAUCUUCAGCCAAUGUCGCCGAUAUCGAAAUCGAUUCUCUUUAUGAUGAUUUCGAUUUCUACUAUUCAUUGUAUCGUGCUCGUUUUGAAGAACUGAACUCGGACUUCUUCAAAAGUGCUAUGGAACUAGUUGAAAAAGCCAUCCAUGAUGCUGCUAUUGAAAAAACUCAAAUUCAUCACGUCGUUUUAGUGGGAGGCUCGUCGCGCAUUCCAAAAAUUCAAAAAAUGUUACAAGAUUUCUUCGACGGAAAGGAACUGAGCAAAUCAAUUAAUCUUGAUGAGGCUGUAGCGUAUGGAGCUGCCAUUCAAGCUGCCAUACUAAGCGGUGUCAAAUCGAAAGAAGUACAAGACAUUGUCUUGAUGGAUGUUACACCAUUGUCCUUAGGUAUCCGUGUCGCGGAGGGGGGGAAUACUGGCCAUAAUGGAGAUAUGGAAGUGAUUAUUGAACGCAACACUCUCAUUCCAGCAAGAUGUACUAAAGUAUUCCAGACAGCGUCAGACUAUCAAACUACAGCACCUUUUAAUGUGUACGAGGGCGAGUAUGUGACAUCGAAAGAUAAUCAGUUUCUUGGCAAAGGCCGGCUCGUAGGCAUUACUAGUGCACCUCGUGGUGAAACUAAAGUUGACGUAACAUUCGAAAUCGAUGCUAAUGGUAUUUUAAACGUGACUGCAGUGGAACCGUUGACUGGCCUUAAAACCCAAGUUACCAUCGCGUAUAAUAAAGGUCGUCUCAGUAAAGAUGAAAUUGAUCGCAUGAUCAAAGAUGCUCAAGAAUUCGACACGGAGGAGAAGCUGAGAAAGGCUGCAGUUGACGCUAAGAGUUCUCUGCAAGAAUACUGUAUCAAUGUGAAACGCACAGUGCAAGAUGAAAUAUUGAAAAAUAAAAUGGCUACAUCUGACAAAGACAUGAUCUUAAAAAAAUGUGAAGAAACCAUUGCCUGGUUGAAUUCAAACCAGUCAGUUGGGAAAGACCAGUACCAACGUAAGCAGAAAGAACUACAAAAAAUUUUCGAUGUAAUCAUCUCGAUAGCUCGCUGUCCUGCUGAAGAAACCGACAAAUAUUGUGAACUGUUGAACGUGACAAAAGGUGCCUCCAAAGAUGAAAUUAAAAAUUCCUUCAGGGAAAAAGCUUACAAAUACCAUCCCGACCUUUACCAAGGAGACCAGGAAGUAGGAAAUAUGUAUUGGCAGGCUUUCAUGAGAGCGAAAACCUCUCUCAUCCAACUAGUGAAUGCACUUUCAAUACGACCUAAAAACACCACCGAAUGAAUGUAUUCGAUAAAUUCCAGUGGAGAUACUUCAACAUUUUUCCGAUUUAUUCAUUUUCUACAUUUUAAGAUUUAAAUGUUUUCGCGCAGAUUUGGAUUUUAUUGCUGACGAGUUUAUAGGCGAUUAAAUCAACGGUGUCUGAAAUUGUGUACCUAAUUAGUUGACAAUUUUUUUUCCCCCUUAAAUUACCUAUACCUUCUUAUUAUUUUUAUUUUGUGUUAUUUGUUUUUAUAUGCUGUUUUUUUUUCAAAGAUACGUAGAUAUAUGGUAGUUAUUAUGAAUGAAAAAUUACUUGCUAAAGUAAUGUGAAUAUACGAGUAAGUAGGUAUUAUGUUCAAUACCAGUUCCUACAUAUUGUUUUACGUAAGUUUACAAGCGUAUCGUCUUAAAAUGCAUUUUUUGACAAGUUUUUACAAAAAUAAUAUAUUUUUUUCUCUUAUCAA